AUGGCUACUAAAGGCCCAUCAGAAGCUUUCGUGAGUGUUUGUGAAAGAGAACUAGGUAUUGAUGACUUUUAUGAUGUGUAUGAUAAAAUUGAGUCACUUUCUGCUCAUUGGAAGCAAAUUGCUAUUUCAUUGCAUAUAAAAAUGGACACCAUCAGUAAAAUAAGAGCUAAUGCUAAUGGAGAUACCACUGCUUGUCUUCAAGAGGUCCUCGAGUGUUGGCUAAAGAAAGAUUAUGAUUACGAACGUUGUGGAGGCAGUGACUCAGCAUUAGCUGAUGAAAUAGCACAAGAACACCCAGCUACUGGAGGGACUACUCCUCAUACUAAAAGAACUACUUAUAUCAAAAAAGCUGGUUCUACAACUGAUUAUAUUCCUUCAACUAUAAUAGAUUUCAACCUCCACAGAGAGUUAUUUGAAAUACAGGAGCAAUUUGCUAAAGCUAUUCAAGAAACAAUAAAAUAUUAUCCGAAAAGGUAUUUGCCAAAUCUUAUCGAAUACAUCACAGCACAUAUCACCACUUUACUUGGCCCUCAUGAGAAUACUCCAGCUAAAGCACAAGCAGUUAGAAAAGAGUUUAAAGAAAUAAAAACUGUACAUGAUUUUUUUGGUUUACUACAAGACAAGUACACAUCAUGGUUUAAGUAUGGGCCAAUAAAGAAACUUGUUGAUGAAAAUUUUAUGGAGUACGCAACUGAGACCGACUUUGAUUACAUUGCAUCUGGUUCUUGGCUUUGCUAUGAACAACGUUUACAGGAUUACUUUAGGAGGUGCAUUACAAUAGCUAAUCCUGCUUUGUAUGGAAUAACUGAUGCUCCUCCUGGUAAACCAGUAAUAAUUGCUAAAGUUGAUCGAGGUGACUACAAUCAGAAUGAUCUCUACUUCUUACGCAAAGCAAUACCGCCAGAACUUGACAGACCUGAUUUAAAACUCUACCUUUGCCAAGUUCUUCCUAAUUAAAACUCUCAUUACCGUUGUAGGAUUUUCUAAUAAAAUUCCUUAAAAACUGUUUGGUACGUGAACAUUUCGACAAAGGAUAGCACAUUGUUACUUAAGUAUGUUGAUUUGAUAAAAUAUCUAUGCAAAUUAUGCUCUCUGAAAAUACAAACUUUUGCAAAAAUACCCACAAGAGUAUUAUUAUUAUGAGUGUACAAUAGAAUCGUCUUAUUAAACAGCCUAACACAGCCCAAGCAACAGUACAUGUUAAAUAUUGCAGUAAAUAGAAAAACAAUUUUAUGUAACACGCUGCAUGUAUACUUCUUCAAUAAUGAGAUAAUUUAUUGGGCAAAGCCCUUAGUGAUGAAGUGAGUUUGUAUGGGUAUAGGAUCAUCUAACUAUUAUUAAAGUUGAAUAACCUAAUCUUUAUGAUGAUUGCAUGGCUAGGAGGCGGAGCCCCUUAAUGUACAGCCCAUUGAGUGGGAGUGAAGUUAUUAAGGAAGAUGGCAACAAGAGGAACAUCAGAAGAUUUCAUGAAUGUUUGUGACAGAGAACUAGGCAUUGAUGACUUUUAUGAUGUGUAUGAUAAAAUCAAGCCACUUUCUGCUCAUUGGAAGCAAAUUGCCAUUUCAUUUCGUCUCAGAAUAAACACUAUCAAUACCAUAGAAGCUAAACACAAUGGAAAAGUUAUCAAUUGUCUUCAAGAGGUUCUACAAUGUUGGCUAAAGAAAGAUUAUGCUUAUGAACGUCAUGGUGUUCCUUGCUGGAGGAGAGUGUGUGUGGCAGUCAAAGAAGGAGCAGAUGACCCAGCAUUAGCUGAUGAAAUGGCUCAAGAACAUCCAGCUACUGGAGGGACUACUCCUCAUCCUCUACCAGCUACUACUGGAGGAGCUUCUCCUCACACUGAAC